AUGAAGUUCAUCGCAGCUCUCUCCCUGGCCCUCGCCUCCUCUGCGGCCGCCAUGCCCACCGAGGACCUGUCCAAGCGGCAGACCGUCAACCGCGGCCCAGAGACCCUCGUUUUCAAGGAGCAGGGCGGUGUGCCCGGCAACGAGUGCCUCACAUUCCGUAAUAAUGGCGAGAUCGUCGAUGCCGCGUGCGUCAACACCGCCGCCGACAGGCAGAUCACGCCCUCGACCAGGAACGGCCAGAACGUGCUCCUAGUCCAGCGCUCGUUCAGCAGCGGAUUCCGGCCGGACCUCGUCGACAAGGAGGCCUGCGUCGGGUUCAACGGCACGGCCUUCCGCGCCGAGGACUGCGCCUCGAAGAACAUCGAGUUCGUGGCCCAGCAGGGCAACAACCUCGUCACCAUCAGCGGCGCCUGUUUGAACGGACACGACAACAAGGCGCAGGUGACUGUCUCGGCGCAAGGCCAGGGCUGCGCCGAGUUCACCACCACGUCGGUCAACCCCACGGCUCCUUAG